AUGGCCCCCAAGCCAGUCCCCGCGCCCUGUGCCCCCGCCGACGCGCCCGUGCCCGUCCCCGACGCCCAGCUCCCCCCUCCCCCACGCAGCGUCCCCCAGAAGCGCAAGGCCGACACCGACGCCGACGACGCCGACGACCCCGCCGCGCCUGCCACGCCGUCGUCCGCGGACCUGUUCGACUCGGGGCGCGUGAUCUGCGAGUCCUGCGGCCAGUCCGUCCUCUUCAGAGACGAGUCCGCCGCCUUCACCACCAAGCACUGGGACGCUCACAGGGCACAAUGCGCCGCCGCCGCCGCCGCCGCCACCACCGCCACCGACCCCGCACCGCCCCCGACGACGUCCACCACCGCCCCCGACGCCCCCGCCGACCUACCCCAGCCCAGCAAGCGCCGCCGCGCCAAGCGCUCAGAGGAGGAGCGCAUCGACUACCUCCGCUCAGACCCGUACGUCGCCCAGUUCGAGCCCUACCGCGUCCUCUGCGCCUCCUGCGACAAGUGGAUCCGCCUCCGCCCCAACUCCACCUACUGCUCCAUCCCCUGGGACGCACACCGCAAGAGCUGCCUCGCAAAGAAAGGGACAAAGUCCGCCGCCGGCGACGACCGCAACGCCGCCCUCCUCGCAGACCCCGACGUAAAGAAGUUCGACCAGGAGCGCGUCCACUGCCGCCUCUGCAACAAAUGGGUCUCCGUCGGCUCCGACGACCGCUCCCUCCAGUCCUGGUCCGCCCACCGCGCCGCGUGCCAGCAGUCCGCCGGCCCCGCGCCCCGCGCCUCUGCGCCUCCCAGCGUGCCCCCGCCGUCCUCGCACCAGCUCGCCCUCGCCUCCAUGCCCGCCCUCGUCCGCCCCCCGCCCCCCGCCGCCGCCGCCGCCGCCACCGCCACCACCACCACCACCUCCCCCGCCGCGCACGCGCACACGCACACGCACACGCACACGCCCUCCCCGCCCGCCCCGUCCCACGAGUCCCGCCGCCGCAACGCCGCCCAGCGCGCCGCCCAGCUCCGCGCCGACCCGCUCCUCGCCGCCGUCGAGCCCGCCCGCGUCUUCUGCGCCCUCUGCCGCAAGUGGGUCCAGCUCCGCCAGGACAGCAGCUUCUGCGCGUACCCCUGGCACCAGCACCGCGCAAAGUGUCUCCUCAGGCACCAGCGCAAGGCCGCCGACGCGGCCGACGGCAUGCCCCCCUCCGUCACCGCCACCGCCGUCCCCGACGGCAGCGGGGGCGGCAGCGGCAACAGCGGCGGCUCGCCCGACUCGGAGCCAGACGCGGACGACUCUGCAUCGGAGGACGGCGCCGGGGCUAGCCUCGAAGACGCGGGCGGUGGCGCGGGCGGUGACGCGGGCGGUGGCGGUGCGCUGUCGCUUGCGGAUCUGGAUUCGCCCAGCGGACGCGUCCGCUUCGUCGCGCGCUCGCUGCGCCACCUCUUCGCGACGACGUACGAGCGCUCGGACGAGCUCACGCUCGCCGCGCUCGUCUCGUACCUCAACGCCGCGAUGCCGCCCGACAAGCACGAGGACUUUGACACCGCCGAGGUCUCGCGCGCCGCCCUCGCCCUCCACGCCGCCGGCGCCGUCGCGCUCGCGGGCGACGUCCUCCGCCCCGCGCCGUAG